AAGAGCACACUGGAGCUAUUCUAAUAAACUGUUGCAGAGCGGCAGGAUCUCAUUGUGCUUCUUCACAGAAAAUAGAAAGCAAGGCUUUUGAUUUCACUUUCUUUACCUAGUAACAGUAAUUGCAAAUGUUAGAACAGAUGAGAAGAACAAGUCAAGCUGUGCUAAUAAUUUUGUAUGUGUUAAUGACUGUUAAAGCUUUUGAAAUGGAGAUUAUACCUGCUAACAGAAUCGUUGCACAGAUUGGAGAAACACUUAUACUCACAUGCAAUGCUACCGGCUGUGCAUCACCAAGUUUUUCCUGGAGAACACAGAUGGACAACCCCCUUGGAGGAACAGUGAACAAUCAUAUGACAUACUCUACCUUGACUAUGAAUCCAGUUAGUAUUGUGAAUUCUCAUGAUUAUCUGUGUACUGUCUUCUGUGGUGACAAAGGGAAAAAAGAGAAGAGUAUCAAAGUUGAACUUUACUCUUUCCCCAGUGAUCCUAUCAUUGAGAUCAGCCCAUCCUUGGUUGCUGGAGAACCAGUCACUGUCACCUGUAAAAUUCCUGAUGUGUAUCCUUCUCAUCGCCUGGAAGUACUCCUAAAGAAAGAGGAACAUGUUCUUCAUGAGAAAGAGUUUUAUGAAGAUGACAGCACAAAUACAGAGACCAAAACUGUGACAUAUUCAUUUAAUCCUACAGCUGAAGAUAUUGGGAAAGACAUUACCUGUGUGGCAAAGUUACCAAUUCCUACUAUGGACUUUGAACCCAAAGAAAGAGUAACUUCUCAGAAAUUGAAUGCAAACUUUGGUCCACAAAAUACAAUCAUUAGUGCAUCUCCAGGCAACUUGGCAAUGGAAGGAGAUCCUUUAAAACUGACUUGUGUGACUGAGAGUAAUCCAGCCCCACAAAUAUUUUGGAGAAAACAUCUAGCAGAUGAAAGCAAUCGGCAUCUGAUAGAAAACAAUGUCCUUUCUAUUCCCCAUGCUCGUUUCACUGAUUCAGGACUGUACAUCUGUGAAGUAAUUAAUCCGGUAACUAAUAUAACAGAGGAAGCAACUGUGGACAUUGUUAUACAAGGUGCUCCAAACAUUGCAAAAAUCUCUGUUAAACCUUCUACAACCGUUCAAGAAGGAGAAAAUGUUUCCAUACAAUGUUCUGCUGAGAGUAACCCUCCACCCAAGAUUAUUUUAAGAAGAAAAUCUGACAAUGCAGACAUGGGGCCUUACAGCGAGGGGAGGAUUCUCCUUCCAUCUGUGACAUUCCUAAAUGGAGGAGACUAUGAAUGUGUAGCAGAAAAUAAGUUUGGGAAAAGUAAAAGUGAAAUAACACUUAAUGUGAAAUAUGGACCAAAGAAUACAACUAUCUCUGUUAUCCCUGCUACUGCUGUUAAAGAAGGAGAAACUGUGAUGAUGAAAUGUACUAGUUCUGGAAAUCCAGCUCCUGUGAUCUCUUGGAAGAAAAAGAAGGCCACUGGGGAGUCUGAGAAAAUUUCUGAAGGUGCAACUUUAACUAUACAGAAAAUAAAAAGUCAAGAUCUGGAGCUUUAUGAAUGUGAAGCUUAUAAUCAAUUUGGCAAAGAAGAAAAAUCUGUGAAAUUACUUGUUCAAGUUCCUCCCCAAAACAUUACUGUCUUAAUAUAUCCAUCAGAAAAUGUUAAAGAAGGAGAAAACGUCACUAUUACAUGUAGCACAUACAGUAACCCACCAUCACAGAUGGUCCUGAAAAAAGCCCAUCAGGAGAAAGAAAUUAUUCUCCCAUCAGUGAAUGGAACGUUUAUACUCUACAAUGUCACCAAAAAUGAUACAGGCAGAUACUUGCUUGAUGUUUUCAAUGAGGUUGGAAACAACAUCAAAGUGAUUGAGAUAGCUGUUGUAGGAAGAUUGGAAAAACCAGAUCAAAUGAUACCAGUGAUUAUUGCAUUCUCCUGUGUAACAGCUAUAGCAGUACCCGUAGUUGCAAUUUUGAUCUACGUGUUCAGAAAGGCAAAGAUAAAUGGAUCCUACAGUCUUGUAAAAGCACUCAGGCUGAAAGUGUGAUCGCAUGAAUAUAAGUCUGUGUUCAUAAUAAGCAAUGAUAUUUAUUGUUGUGACUGGUUCUAUUCUUCUGUAACAUAUGGUAACAAACAAGUGACUUAAGAACACCACCAUGUGAUAGCAAGUGGAUUUUUUUUCAUGUUUUGGGGAAAGCUAGCAUCCUGUCCUAGAAACUGGUAAAUGACUUCUGUGUUGAAGCAUGCUGAACAAAGAGUUCAUUGGAGAACUAGGUUUGUACAUAGUGUAUAAUUUGUGUUAUAAAUAUGUUCAACUGAGUAUCAGUUUGUAAAAUUACUGCAACUGUACAGAGAAAUGUUAAUUCAGAGAUAUAUAUCAGCCUUACUUGAGCUGAUCAGAUGAUAAUAUUUUAUUUUGUAUUACUCUACAGAGUGAAUGUUUUUAUUAUAAUUUUUCUGCUUGUGGGUAAUGUUUGGAAAAAUGUUCUCUUUUCACUCAUAUUGUCAUAAACUCUGUACCUUCAAUGAAGUUACACAAUCACCAGGCUAUGCAUUUCUCAUUAAUUUAAAUUAAUUUAAGAUCUCAAGGCUCAUUUGUGAAACAUUUUAUUUUAAAUAUUAUAGAGAAAGCGUCUGGGAUUAUAGUCUAGUCUCAGAACAGCUGAGAUGUUUUUGUAGGGUUUAAUCAUUCUCAAAUCAAUGUCAGAAUUCCGUUAUUUCAUGAUGAGCCAAAGCAGACCCUUUGUUUAGAAUAUAAACUGCUGAUAAAUAUGCUUUAUAGGUUUCCACUGCAAAACAAAACCAACACUAAGUUUCUUUGACUAAAUCCCCCUAGUGAUUUUUAUUUAAGAUUAUGUCAGAAUACAUGUUCCUCUGGAAAGAACCAGUGAAAAUUACCCUUAGCAACAGCAGAUUUGAGUGUCAUGGGAAGCCCUAGCUCUAAAGGCAUAAGGCAGGCAGUGACCUAAAGGCAUAGACAAGGGGGAGAGGCAAAAUCUAUGCAGCCUUAGCAAAGAUGUCUCAGUUCUUUCCUGAAGAAAAGCCCUUCCCAAGCUGUGCACUGUGCAAAACUAAACCACUUGCCUGACAACUUUCCUUUUAACAGACAAGCGGUGCCUGCAUGCUUCACCCUGGUUAGCACUUUUUUUCACUGCACCCUCUCUCCAGUGUUGGCAAAAUAGCUGUGAAAAUAGUGGACUUUUUGUGCAGAGGCAAAGAUGAGGGGGAAGGAGAGGUGGAGCUUGAUCCUAUUCUCCCUUACAUCCCUUCUCCUGGCUAGCAAUGCUGCUUUGACUCAUCUGGUUGGUGAUGUUCAGCACUGAAGCCAAGGUUGUGGGAGGUGCAAGCACUGUGGCAGAGAUGCUGAAGUGCAUCUAGUCUCAGCAGCCCUGAGCACAGGAGCUGGGCUUGGCUCCCACAAACUUUCAUACACAAGGUAAAGCACAAGGUCAAGAAGAUAAACGUGAAAAGAGUUUCUUUACAUUAUACAA